AUGGAGGCCCUAAUCGCCAAGGCAGAUGCCAUAAAACCUCUUCACGCAGGACAAAAGCGAAAACGUUCGCAUUCCAAAUCAAAAACGACCAACAAUGACGACCCACAUAAUACCCGACACGACCACACUUUGCACUCGAUUUCUGCGGCGACCAAGGCGCCCAAGUCUUUAGCGUCGAUACCGGCGUCUGCGGAUAAUGUUCCCAAGUACACACCGACACAGGUUCCGUCCAAAAAGCUUAGAACGAAGCUACAUACGCAGCACUCGUUAACGGCCCAGUUCGCAUCUCAUACCGAAGAAACACAGAAUCUGUUGGCUUUGGCAGCGGAGGAUGCGGGCCAGCUGCAGACAGAAUCGCCGCUAGAACGGACGUGGAGGGUGUCCCAGGACGAAAUCGUCGCCUCUGUGGGGGGAGAAGCUGCAAAGGGGCGCCGAGAGCUCGUGUUCGACGACGGUGGGGCGAGGCGGAUGCGAUGGACAAGAAACGGGCGACAUCUGGUGUUCAUUUCGGGCAAGGGCGGGAGUAUGGUCUCCAGUGUGGACUGGAUCAACGGCCAGGUCAAUUCCCAGGUCAAUUUGGCCCAGGGGAACUCGGCGAAGAGCGAUGGGGCGCGGGAUGUAACGUUUUUGCAGGACCAGAGCUUUUAUGCUGUUGCGCAGAAACGCAAUGUCUUCAUUUACGACCGGGACGGUGUUGAGAUUCACAAGCUCAGCAAGAUCAUCGACCCGGUCAGGCUGGAGUUCUUGCCAUGGCAUUGGUUGUUGGUCUCAGUGACCAAUACAUCACAUCUAAUCUAUACGGAUACAACAACAGGAACUAUCGUCGCCCAACACCAAUUUACACGAUCGUCAGCCUCGUCAGUCCGACUGUCGCCUGUUCUAAGCCUAGCACAGAACCCGCACACCGCAAUCACCUACCUCGGACAUACGAACGGCCAAGUCAGUCUAUGGACACCUAACAUGAGCAGACCUGUCGUUCAGGUUCUCGCGCAGCUUGGAGGAGUGGUGAGCAUUAGCGUGGACCCCAGUGACCAUGGCAAUUCUAGUCCGAACACCCUUGGACGAUAUAUGGCAACAGCAGGUCGGGAUCACAAGGUCAAGGUCUGGGAUUGCAGGUACUGGAAGGGUGUUGUGAGGGAGUGGAGCCCUCGAUCUGGAGGAACGAAUACGAAAGGCAGUGGCCAUGCGUAUGCUGACAUCGAACUCGAAUGGAGUCAACGAGGAUACCUGAGCGUAGCCUCUGGUGGAAGCGUAAACGUCUACCACCCUCCAGCCAUCACAACGCCCUUCGUCUCGUCUUCGAACAACGCACCACCGCCUCUGUAUCUCACCCAUCCUAUCCCACACCGCCCGAUAACUAGCGUCCGAUUCCAACCAUUCAGCGACGUGUUGGCGAUUGGCCAUGCAAAAGGCCUCUCUUCCAUCAUCGUUCCUGGCGUCGGCGAGCCUCAAUUCGACAGUCUGGAUGCCGAUCCGUACGAGAACGCCAAGGCGAGGAGGGAGCGAGAAGUCAAGGGUCUCCUGGAUAAACUUUCUCCUGACAUGAUCACCCUCGACCCCUCGUUCAUCGGCAAACUCGAUCCGGCAGUGAGCAAGACCAUCACCGAGGACGGCGUCCGAACGACCACCGCCGCGCAAUCCCUGCUCGACGCGCGCGACCGCAAGAAGCUCCCGCCUUCCGCUAUGACCGCUGCCGGUGCCACCAAGGAAUUUGCUAGGAUGAGCCGCGUUGAGAAGUUGGGUGUGCAGGGUAGACUGGAUUUGGGCGAGGUCAGGAGGGGUGAUGGGAGUGAUAGUGAGGGUGAUAGUAGUAGCGAUGAGGAUGAGGAUGGAGAUGGAGAUGGGACGAGUGUGGGAGGGAAGGAGAGUGAUGAGAGUGAGGAUGAGGAUGGGCAGAAGAAGAGUAAGGGGAUGUCGAGGGAGGAGAGGGAGAAGAAGAGGAUGAGGGGGAAGAAUAAGGCGCUUAAGAGGUAUCUUAGGAAGCAGAGGAAGAACGUGGUGGAUCCCGCUGUGAUCGCUAUCCGGGCUAAAGUGGAGAAACUGAGGAUGGAGGAGAAACAAAAGCGAGAGAAAUUGGCCAAGGUGAAGAAGGGAGUUGCUGUGGAUGGGGAUGGAGAUGGGGAGGACGGAGCGAAGAAGAGGAAGAGUGCUUUGGAUCGCUUCGCCAAACGAAGUGGGCAGUAG